AUGUCCACACCGCCCACAGAGCAGACCCAGCUCCUCGGCACCACCCAGCCCACCCUCGCUGCCUACGCCUCCGGCCCUGCCUCCAAGCCAGUAGAGCCAGCCUCAGAGCACCACAAUAUCGCCGGCCUCUCCCCGUCUCGAUUCCGUCUCGUCUGCGCUUCCAUCUGGACUGCCUCCUUCCUCGUCGCAUUCGAUAGCACCCUGGUAUCUACCCUGCUAUCGGAUAUCGGAUCUGCCUUCAAUGCGUCAACCCAGACAUCGUGGCUUGGCACUUCAUACCUCUUGUCGGUGUGCUGCUUUACCCCCGUCUAUGGGCGCCUGAGCGAUCUUAUCGGCCGGCGUAAUGCCCAUCUCACAGGACUGACUCUGUUUACCGUGGGAACGUUCCUAUGUGCCGUGGCUCCGUCCAUGUAUGGGCUUAUUGGAGCUCGUUUCCUGGCUGGAGCAGGAGGCGGUGGUGUCGCAAGUGUUUCGGCCAUUCUGAUGACCGACUUGGUCGACCUGAGGCAUCGCGGAAUGUUCCAGGGUUAUGUAAACCUCCUAUAUGGUCUUGGUGCCGCCCUGGGUGGACCCGUUGGAGGAUGGAUCAGCGACAAUUUUGGCUGGAGAUGGGCCUUCCACAUCCAAGUUCCUCUUCUUGUCCUCAACGGCGUCUUGAUCUACACCUUUGUCGUCCAGCCGAGUAACCGACCGCAGACGUGGAAGACCAAGCUCGCGCGUAUCGACUAUCUCGGAUCGUUCACACUUGCGCUCGCUGUUGCUUCGUUGCUCCUGUCCAUGUCUAUCAAGACUUCUUCUACCAAGGCAUCUGGUGAAGACUAUGCCUUCUCGGACCCUCUCAUCUGGGGCCUGUUCCUCGCUUCUGGCAUCUUUGCCAUUCUCUUCUUGCUGGUGGAAGCGUACUGGUCACCCGAGCCCAUCUUGCCUCUCAAGCUCCUCACCCGUCGAACACCCGUCGCCAUCGCCCUCUCCUCCUUCACCAUGGUCACCACCCAGUUCUCCGUCCUCUACAACAUCCCCCUCUUCUUCACUAUCGUCCAGCUCCGCACUUCAUCCUCUUCCGGCGCCCAUCUCUUGCCCAACUCUAUCCUCAUCGGUGCAGGCUCCUUGUUUGUCGGCUGGGUCAUGCGCCACACUGGCAAGUACUGGUGGCUCGGUGUCAACUGUGCGCUGUGCAUUGUAGCAACUAGUGUCGGGAUGCUCUUCUGGCACAAGGAUAGCCCAGAGUGGUUGACUUGGGUUGCUCAGGCUCCCGGUGGGUUUGGGUAUGCGGGAGUGUUGACGACUAGUCUGGUGGCCUUGAUGACUCAUGUGCAGAGAGCUGGCAAGGGCGAGACUGCCGUGGCUACCAGUAUGACAUAUCUUUUCCGAACCGUUGGCCAAGUCCUUGGUGUCGCGGUCAGCUCCGCCAUCGUCCAGUCUGUUGUUCAGCGCGACUUGCUCAAAACAAUCACCGGUCCCGAUGCAGCCGAAAUCAUCUACCUCAUCCGCCACUCGACCUCCUCCAUCCACACACUUCCCCCUCACUACCAAGUCCCAGCCAUCGACGCAUACGACCACGCCCUCAGCUUUGUCUGGGUAUUCAACUUGGUCUUGUCAGUGUUUACCGUACUGGCUUUGAUGCUGGUGGAAGAGGAGGAGAUGCCUGAUAGGCAGAUAGUAAGGAAUCAUGUUGAGCGGGCUGAUGGCUCGGCUUUCGAGAGGUAUGAGUAG